AUGGCUUUAUCACGGUUUUUCAACUUAGAACGCAAACUACAAGCUGAACCUGAAGUAUACGCUGAAUACCGGCAGUUUAUGAGUGAAUAUCAAUCACUUGGACACAUGAAGGCUGCAACCACACCGGGGAAAUACCUGAUUCCUCAUCAUGCGGUCAUAAAGUACGCUAAGGACAAGAUGAAGUUAAGAGUUGUUUUCGACGCUUCGGCUCGCACGUCUUCAGGUGUCUCAUUGAACGAUACGUUAUUUGUCGGUCCAAAAUUACAAUGCGACAUCAUGAACAUUCUACUCCGUUGUCGCUUGAAUAAAUACAUGUUCACGGCUGCCAUAUGCAAAAUGUAUCGCCAAAUUAACAUUCACUCGUCACACUGCGAUUAUCAACAUAUAUUAUGGCGAGACGGAUACGCUGCAGUCGUGUACAUGCGUUUAGAGUACAGUUCCAUGCCUCCGACCGUACACCUCAUAACCGCUAGAUCCAAGGUUGCACCGUUGAAGUCAGGAAAAACAGAUGAAGUAUUAUCAGUCCCGAGGCUGGAACUUUGUGGUGCGUUGCUACUUGCACAAACACCACAUCGAGUACGAACAACCCUUGCUGUGAAGAUCGAUAUUCAAGAGGUACACGCAUGGACAGACUCCACCGUUGUACUAUCAUAUAGAAUUCAAGAUUUUCGUGACAAAUCGGUUGAAGAAGAUAUCCGAAUUAUUACCGACUUGUCAUUGGCAUUACGUUUCUACUCACCACAACCCAGCGGAUUGCGCGUCAAGAGGCAUGUACCCUAA